GAAAUAGCAAUUUUUAGCAUUAUCCAACUUCUUUAUCCCAUGUAACACCAAUCAUAAGAUAGGAUUAAAGAUGUUAAAUAUGAUCCCGUAUAAUAUAGUACUAUGUAAUAAUCCUAUCCAAUCCUGCAUGCCAAACAAGGCCUAUGUUCAGAUUUUACCCAUAUGUGCUGCUGGCACUGUAUCUUGUCAUUGUUGAAUUGUCUUUUUCUUCUUCCAACUUUACAGAGAUUCUAAGCGGCAGUUAUCAAAUAUGGCGUCGUCGUUCCGAGCAUUCUUGAACAGUCCAGUUGGUCCAAAAACAACUCACUUUUGGGGACCUGUUGCAAACUGGGGCUUCGUUGCCGCUGGAUUGGCGGAUAUGAACAAACCUCCAGAAAUGAUUUCUGGCAACAUGACAGCAGCAAUGUGCGUUUAUUCUGCAUUGUUUAUGAGAUUCGCAUGGAUGGUACAGCCUCGCAACUAUCUACGGCCUUACAUUGCACUCCAACUCUGGCUAGAGAAGGAUGUGUGGGUCAGAACCGGAUGCCUCACUGGUUUAGGCCCCGAAUACGAUGACAUUAUCACCAAGAUUUUGGAGUCUCAACCCGAAUACCUCACUGGAUGA